AGCUGAGUGAGGAGGCAGGCGGGCAGCCGUGGCUGGAGCCUGGGCACAGCGGUCCCCAAGAGAGAGGGUGCGGAUCCGGCUCCAGAUAGAUCAUCUUGAAGGGGAGGCCUCACAGACAAGAGACGGGUUAAGAAGGAAACCUUGGGGGUCCACCAUCCCCCCAGCCCAGGAAGGCUUGCAAUUGGAUCCCCUUCCAGCUCUGUGAGUUGGCUGAGGAAGGAAGGGCAGUCGAGAGCCAGAGAAGGCCCCAAGAAGAUCAGACACCAACAAUCACUCAGGCGCCUCUGGCCCCGGCCCCAGUACGGGCGACAGCUUCUUUGUGUCCGUGAGGAGAGGCUGAACCAUGCUGGGCCCCCACCUUCCACCCCUACCCCCGGCACCCAGUGAAGGCAGGUCUACCCCCUGCGCCUUUGGGAUCCCUGAUGGCAGCUACAGGUGUCUGGCCUUGGAGGCCGAGGAGAGCGGCGGUGAGGAGGGCCUGCAGGGAGAGGUGGGGCUCACAGACUUGGAGGAAGACCGAGUGGCCAGCAGGAGUGGGGACAAGGUCUGCAGAGCCACCCAAGGGGCACCGCAGCUUCCCAGAGCCCUGGGCUCCCGGCCACCCAGCUGCUCCAGGGAGGCACGAGGGGUUCCCCAGCUUGACAACAGAACCAGUCAGGACGGGGACACCACGAGGGCCCGGCGGGUGAUGACAGCCAGCCUCAGCCCCGGCCCGGGGCCCAGGGUUGCCCAGAAACCAGCGCUGGGCCGGAGUACUAGCCUCACCGAGAAGGAUCUAAAAGAGGCCAAGGCGAGGAGCCAGCAGAUCGCAGCCCAGCUGACCACCCCUCCCAGCUCCAACUCCCGCGGAGUCCAGCUCUUCAACAGGCGUCGGCAGAGGGUGAACGAGUUCACCUUGGAGAGCCACGGCCAGAGGGGACCGAAGUCUAGCCAGGAGCCCCUCAGAGUGCCCCCCGCCAGCCCCACAGGCCAUGCCCCGGGGCUCAGCCUGAGUCCCACCUCGCUGCCUGAGCCAGGCCCUCCGAGAAACCCCGCCUGCCAGAGCACUGACACAGGGGUCCCCCGUCACAGCAUGGAGGGCUGCUCGGAGGAGGCCAGCCUGCUCCGGCACCUGGAGAAGAUGGCCAGCGAGGAAGAGGAGGUACCACUUGUGGUUUAUCUAAAGGAGAAUGCAGCCCUGCUGACGGCCAAUGGGCUCCACCUGUCCCAGAACAGAGAAGCCCAGCAGAGUCCCCCAAGCCCACCUCCAGAGGAGGUCCACAGCCCGGCCACAGAUGCCAACCAAAACCUUCCCUUGGCCGGCACCACGCUCAUCCCGCCAGCUUCUAAUGGCAACCACAACCUGCCAGCCACAGAUGUCAACCAGAACCUAUCGGCAGCCGUCACCCCACAGAGCCUGCCGCUCUCCAGCGUCCAACAGAAUUCUGAGGUGCAGCUCCCUCCGAAUGACACGGUGCCAGAUUUCAAACCCAGCACCCCGUGUGCCGGAGGGCAAACCCAGGAGGCAGCCGCGGAGGUGAGAUCCAGCACGCUCCUAAUUGAUAAGGUAUCAGCUCCACCUACCGCCACCAGCACCUUCUCUAGAGAAGUUACUCCCAUCUCCAGCUCCAGGCACCUGGGCCCAGAUUUCAUGUCCAGCUCCCUGCUCAUUGACGUCCAGCUUGGAGCCCCAGCUGUGUCCACAGAGCAAGAGAUGUCCGGGCGGACAGCCGCCACCACGCCCACCAAACUGUACAGCGAGGUCCACCUCACGCUGGCCAAGCCUCCAUCCGUGGUCAACAGGACGGCCAGGCCCUUUGGGAUCCAGGCGCCGGGCAGCACCAGUCAGAUGGAGCGAAGCCCCAUGGUAGAGAGACGACAUCGUGGGGAGAAGGUCCCUGCCCCCCAGCCCUCCAGUGUGGCAGACAGGAGCCCCCGGCCACAGAGACACGUAAUGUCCCACAGCCCCAUGCUGGAGAGGAGGCCCGUGGCACAGCGAAGCCCCGCCUUGGAGAGACGCCCUGUGGGAAACUUCACCCCACCGCCCACCUACGCUGAGACCUUGUCCACAGCCCCCCUGACUUCCCGGGUUAGGUCUCCCCCGUCUUAUUCUGCCCUGUACCCCAGCUCCGACCCCAAGCCUUCUCAUCUAAAGGGCCAAGCUGUCCCUGCCAGCAAGACAGGCAUUUUGGAGGAGUCGAUGGCCCGCAGGGGCAGCCGGAAAUCCAUGUUCACCUUCGUGGAGAAGCCCAAGGUGACCCCGAAUCCAGACCUGCUGGACCUGGUACAGACGGCUGAUGAGAAGCGCAGGCAGAGGGACCAGGGAGAGGCAGGCCUGGAGGAGGAGCCCUUCGCCCUUGGGGCCGAGGCCUCCAAUUUCCAGCAGGAGCCCACACCCCGGGACAGGGCCAGCCCUGCUGACGCCGAGGAGACCGUCCCCGAGUGGGCCUCUUGCCUCAAGUCACCGCGCAUCCAGGCCAAGCCAAAGCCCAAACCCAACCAGAACCUCUCAGAGGCCUCGGGGAAGGGGGCUGAGCUCUACGCCCGCCGCCAGUCCCGGAUGGAGAAGUACGUCAUCGAGUCUUCGGGCCACGCUGAGCUGGCCCGCUGCCCAUCACCCACCAUGUCCCUGCCUUCAUCCUGGAAGUACUCCACCAACGCGCCUGGUGGCACCUUCCGAGUGGCCUCCCGGAGCCCGGCCCGGACCCCACCUGCCUCGCUCUUCCACGGCUACCUGCCCGAGAAUGGGGUCCUGCGUCCAGAGCCCACCAAGCAGCCGCCCUACCAAAUGCGGCCCUCGCUCUUCGUCCUCUCACCCAUUAAAGAACCUGCCAAGGCCUCGCCCAGAGCCGCCUCGCCCGCCAAGCCCAGCUCCCUGGACCUGGUGCCCAACCUGCCCAAGGCGGCUCUCCCACCGUCACCUGCCCUGCCUCGGCCCUCCCGCUCCUACACCGCCGCUGGCCAAGACGGCCUCCAGCCUACAACCGUGAGCCCCACCUACAGCAGUGAUAUCUCGCCUGCGUCACCCUCCAGGGCGUGGUCUCCCCGAGCCAAGCAAGCCCCCAGGCCCUCCUUCUCCACCCGGAAUGCGGGGAUUGAGGCUCAGGUGUGGAAGCCAUCCUUCUGCUUCAAGUAACGGACCCCGCAGGGAUCCCACUGCCUGUCUGAGCCCCUGUCCAGGGACCGGAUGGAGAGCAGGAAGUGGCACGGGGCUGAGUCAGGAGUACGGGGACUCAGGGCUGACGCUGCCACCAGCUAGGUUUGCGCCGUAUGGGCAAGUCACCUCCCCUCUCUGAGCUAUCGCUGCCCCUUCCCUCCCUCGAGGUGGCUGGACUCCACGUCUGAGAGAUCUGAAGUCAGCUACCAGUAGGAAGAAGGGUCACGGAGAGAGGACCACUUGGCUGGCCCUAGUGAGACUGGGGGCUUCUUCACCUGGCCUUUGUGAGCUGUAGGGCUGCCAGCGUCUUGCUGAGGAAAGGCCUAGAGGGGCCCUAACAGGGGCUUCUGCAGCACACAGAGCCUGCCCUUGCGGUGGGACCGGCCAGCCCAGGGCCUGCCGCCCCGGUGGGCUGCCCUCGCCAUGGCCCCGGCUCCGGCCUCUUUCUGCCUGUUGCUGGAUUCUCACCUGCUCGGGUCUGUCUCUUCCACCUCUGCCUUCCGGACACUGUUUCCUCUCCGCUGCUUCAGAGACCUCUGCCUCGGCCUCCACACUAUCUCCUCUCCCGGGUUCUGCUGGAUGAGGACUCAGCCCACCACGGCUGGCUGACGCUUUUCUUCCUGCCCCUCUGCUCAGCUGCCUUCACGCCCUCUCCGAACAUCUGGCUCUGCUUUCUAGACAGCUUAUGCAGUUCAUCCCAGACUUCAGUCCUGGUUCCACCUGGCUUGCCCUCACUCUUCUGGGGUGUGGGAGGUCCCCAGGGAUCCCCGAGAGAAAGCCCAGGAGAAGGCUCUGCAGAGGUGGGUGUGUAGCAAGGAGAGAGGUCCCUAGAAAUAGAUCCAUUGGCUAUUUUGGUUUCACCCUCAGCCCAGAUCUGCACGGCUGAAAGAAACCAUCCACAUGCCACAGAAAGGGGCCCCAAGGAGAGAGGCAUCUCGGCCUCCCGUUUGCUGUGUGACUUUGGUCAAGUCACUUUCCCUUCCUGGGCCUCAGCUUUCUCAUAAACACAAUGAGGGCCCUCCUAGCUGUGACCGUCUGUGAGGAAUGAGAGGACAGGACAGGCUGGUACUUUGGGAGAAAGGUCCUGUAAGUGACAAGAGAGUCCCCUGGGAAGAGAGGGGAAGGAAAUUAGGACUAAGGUGUCCUAGGACAGAUGGGAAGUAGAUGUCUGUAAGGGCGUCCGAGGAGGGUGUGUCUGGGGAGGCCAGGAAAUCAGAAGUUUAGGCUCAGGUUCAGGAUUGCCUGGAGACAGACCGUGGGAACACAGCAAGGACUGGGGCAGGAGCACGGCAGCCCAGGGAGGGGACAGAGGAGACCUUGAGGUCUGGAGGAAAAGGCUGGGACUUAGAUCUGGAUUCUAAAAUAUGGCCUCCAUGUGUAUCUUUGGGUCUCGGUUCCCCCCUUCAUACUGUGAGGGUUUUGAGUCAGGUAGCCUGAGAUCCUUCCCAUCUCUGACACCUUUGAUGUGCUGCGGCCCCCCAAAACCACGUUUUGUGAGGGCGAGAGAAUAUAGACGCAAGAGGCAGAAUUCAGAUGGAAGCCUCCCAAAACCGGGGGCUGAGCACCACCCACUAUCUCUUUCCUAGCCCUAUUUCUGGGCUCCCCAGCGGAGCAAGGGGUGGUGGAGGCGGUGCCCGUGCUGGGCUGAGCCUGCAGUUUUCGUGAGCUCUCGGCUCGUCUCCAUGGGAACAGGGGGUGCCUUCCCAGUGAGUUCAUUCUGCCCGGAACGUGGGGGCAUGCGUGGGGAAGUCAGGAGUGAGCUCAGCUCCUUCAUGCCAAGCCCCUCCCAGGACAGAGUGAAGCCCGUGUUCCGGACCCCUGCUCCCUUCGACAUCCGAGGGCCAGCAAUGGAAGAGCCCACCCUCCGUCCUGCAGUUCCUUCGGCCAGGCUGUCUGAGCUCUGCCCUCAACUUUGUUUUCUCUCCUGUUCUCAAUACACUCUGGCUCAAAUCUGUCUUGCUUCUUCUUUUCUUCCACACUCACGGGCUGGUGGUCUGGGCCCUCUCCCUCCUCCCCGACUCUGGCCUGGGAACUGUGGUGAGAGUCCGAAUGCUGCCUGCAUCUGCUGAGUGUCUGGAUCUGCUGUGGGUACAGAUGUGUGCUGGCUUGGCAGUAAGGGCUGCCUUCUCUCUUCCCCCAGUCAGCUCUCAGGGAACCAGAAACCCUUGGAAGACACAUUCUGUUUUCUCCUUCCUUUGGACUUUGGCCAAAAAGCCUGUAGAUGGGAAAAACCCACGCCCCUUAUGGUCCGGAUUUAUUUGAAUUCUUUAUAAGUGCCUUUAGCCAGAGCAUGUACACUUUUCUUCCCCCUUAGUUUCUCCCAGCAUCCCACUCUACCAUUAUCUAAAUCUGGGAGCUUCCCAGUCAUCACUGCAUAUAAUAAGUUUCUGCCCCUCAUGGAGCCGAACAAACGCCAUCGGGAGCCAGAAAAAAUGGGUUCCAGCCUCAGAUCUGCACCUGACUCCUUGUGUGACCUUAGACAACCCCUAGGCCCCAGUCUCCCCUUCCACACAAGGAGAGGAUUACAGAAGCUGUGGGCUAGCUGGCUGUCUUUGGUCUCCGAUAUUCCUCUUUGCUCCACUCGUGCCCACCUCACACACAUGCCCUACUUUGGGACUGGUGCUGGGUUAAGUGGGUGCUCCUUUCUGAACUUUCACCCAUGUGCAUUUCCAGGAAGCUCUGGGGUAUAUGAUGAAUUGAGAUCUUUUUCAGAAAGUGAGUAAUUCUGAUUCCCUGCAGCAUUUUUGUAUUAUACACUCCCCCCAACCAGGGUGCACAUGCCCACGGACACACACACACACAGUCAGUACCCAGACAGGGCAGUUGUGAUGCGGUCAGGCCUUGGCCCAAUGCCAAAAGAUGAGGAGCUGCUCACCACUGCCCCCAACAUUCCAACCCACACAUUCUGAGAAGUAAGUUCUGUUACUCCUUCCACUUGCUGGCCCUAGCCUUUCCCUUGAAGCCACCAAAGGCAAAGGCAGUCCUUAAAGGUGUCAGACAGUUAUCACAGCUCCUCCUGCCGCAGCCUGCUCUUCUCCUGGCUGAAAGCCCUGGUUCCUCUGCCUUAGUGCUUGUUGAUGGACUUGGAUCAUGAACUCUUGGCCCCACUUCCCACAGCCUGGCUGAUUGAAAGAUUCCUGAGAUGGCUCACAGACAGCAGCUCGCACUGUCUCUGGCUCAUAUACACACAACUGUGACCCUGGAGUAAAAGGGGUGGAGCCCAUGCUGAGCUUUAACUUUCCUACUUGAUGAUUGGAGCCUUGGAUGUCCCCAGGAGGUCCCUAACAUUACCAAUCCCAUGAAAACUCUUUAACUGUGAAACAUUCCUCUUUAGGUUAAAAGUUUCCAUUUCUGAGUCUGGGCCAAUCUAGUAGCUGCUGCAUUGUUUGGAGAAGACAAAUAAUUUAUCGCUUCCUUUUGAUGGAGAGAAAUGAGAUUCUGACUGGAUGAGAGGUUGACUGGUUAGGCUGUGAAAGUUCACUGAUUGGAUGAGAGAAUGGAGCUUAUGAGUGGUUCUAGAUUUUGAUUGGAUAGGAGACACUGAACAGACCAGCUAGUUCUGGACUCAGAGAUGACUGCUGGUUAAUUUGGAUUGGAUUGCAGAUUGAUUGGACUGGCUUUUGCUGAAAUCUGAUUGGCUAAACAGAUGGAUGGUUUAGUAUAGUAGUCCUCAACCUUUUUGGUACCAAGGACUGGUUUUGUGGAUGACAAUUUUUCCACCAGGUGGGAAAGGGUGGGGGUGGGAUAUGGCUUUGGGAUGAUUCAAGGGCAGUAGGGUUCAUGCUCUUAUGAGAAUCUAAUGCUUCUGCUGAUCUCACAAGAGGCAGAUCUCAGGGGGUAACGUGAGCAAUGGGGGGAGGGGGGUGACUGUAAAUACAGAUGAGGCUGGCUUGCUGGCCACUCAUCUCCUGCUGUGUGGCCUAGUUCCUAACAGGCCACAGACCAGUACCAGUCCAUGACUCGGGGGUCGGCGACCCCUGAUUUAGCAGAUACAUGCUGGACAUGGGUCCCCAAGAUCUGUAUUCUCAAAACCAGUUCAAACUACUUAAGCCCACCUGCAGCCUUUGAGCAGCAGUCAGUCACACACACAUUUCCUGGUGGGGCAGAAUACACCAGAAAGCUAUUUACACCUCUGAACUUCAUUUUCAUCAGUGUAAAAUGGCUUGUGAUAAUACCGGCUACCUCACCAGACGGUUGUGAGGAUCUGAUGAGAGAGGAAGGAUGAGAACAAACUUUGUAGACUGGAAAGUCCCCAAGGAGGUAGGAAGCAGGUAUGAUUGUGUAGAGCAGAGCAGUGCUUUAUAACCUCAAAGAGGGUCACCAACUUGGCCUCACCAAAUCCACUCUCCCCUACCCCAUGCUGGCAAGAGGUCCAGGGAAGGGAGCAAAGACCCAACUUUCUUUUAUGUUUUAUCUGUUAGUAGGAACUUACAUGAUCAAGGAUCCAAGGAGCAACUAGCAGGUGACCAUGGCAAUACAACAGGGGGAUUGGGACUGAGAAGGCCUUUCCCUAAGUCCAGUCUUAGAAAUAAUGAUCAAUAUUUUUGGUUUUAAUUUUUUAAAUAGAUAGCAUAUCCAUACAGUUCAAAACCUUAAACUUAUAUAAAAAGUAAUACAUUAAAAGUCUUAUUCCCACCCCUGUGGCUGUGUACCCUGCCCAGUUCACCCUACUUCCCAACAGAGACCCACUCUGGUUAGUUUCAUGUAUAUCCUUUCAAGUGUGUCUUUAUGGUAACUAACAUCUGUUGCACACUUAACCUCUUCUAGCAAAUCUUAUCAUACUGUGAUAUUCUUUUACAUAAGUUAUCUCAUUUACUUCUCACAACAACCCUCUAGGCUACAGGCUGACAUUAUACUCCCAUUUCACAGAGGAGGAAACUGAAGCCCAGGGGCUUCCAGUUGCUUCUGUUGCUGAAGCAAUUUGACCUAGUUCAUUCAUUAAACAAAGGGGUCUAUCUCCUAAGAGAGCGAUCUUAAACCACCCGGCUCUCUGUGACGCACAGGGGCAAGCAGCGUGGGCUCUUUCAAGCAUCUGAAAAAUGAAAAUUGGGGCACCUGCAUUUUACUGCAGUCACUGCUAACUUCAGUCCAAAAUCCCGGUAUAGAGGAGCCCAGCACUAACGCCUGCCCCC